UUGGACAUUGCCCCCGAAAGAGCAUAAUAUCUACGUUGAGGCCACAAUCUUUGCACGAUACUCCUCAUGUCAUUCAAGCAGAACGGCAAUCUCUUUAUCCGCACAGGAGGCCUGACCUUUUUCGAGUUUUCAGCUUGCCCACUCAGGCCCUGCGGGUCAAGAAGGCUAGCGUGUGCAUGCACUUUUCAAUUUACAGCAUGGCCAUGCUCUCCGCGAGCUUCUAUGCAUUGGCUCCGUGCUGUUCCCUCCUUGCGUUUUCCAGGCCUUCUCCUUGCCUCAGCUAAUGUGAUCUAGCCUCGUCGCUUAGACAAUUGCAAGGCAUGCAAGCGCAGGGGCUGGCAUCCUACCAUGAUUUAAGGACGAGAACGCCAACAAUUUCCAAACAGACCAGCACUUCUCUCCAACUCCUUAGCCCUCACCGACUACCUACUCCCAAAAUCAAACAUGACCGACGUUCUUGGUGUUCUUGUCAUCGCCCGUAAUGGUGACCGCACAGAGUAUUAUCAAGACCCCAAGACCUAUGAGGGCUCCUACACCGAAAGCACCGCCCUCGGUGCUGCCGAGUCUCACCAGCUCGGAGCCUUUCUUCGUUCGACCUACAUGUCCUCGUCUUCUCCUUCAUAUAUCGCGGACAUGAAGACCGACCUCGUGGACACCCAUGAGGUCCACGUCCAUGCCAAGGCUGGCGGUGAGGGUACCGUGAUCUUUGACUCUGCUAUCGCCCUCCUCCAGGGUCUUUUCCCUCCCAACCCUGCCAACAAGAUCAUCCUUGCUAACGAGACCACCGUCGUUGCUCCUCUUGGUGGUUACCAGUACGUUCCCAUCGAGACUGUCGAGCCCGGUAACGACAAGUCCCUUGAGCCUUGGACCGAAUGCCCUGCUUUCGAGCAACACAUCUCCAACGUUCAUUCAUCGUCCGAGUUCAAGGCGGCCGCAAAGGCUGCUGGUCCUUUCUUCAAUUCUGUCAGGGACUAUGUUUUCGGCCGGCCUACUACUCUCGAGAAUGCUUGGAAUAUUUACGACUACGUCUCGACUGAGCUCUCUCACAACAAGACCUACGCUCACCGCCUUCCCCCCACCUUGGUUGAGCAGGCUCGUGGUUUCGCUGACUACCACGAGAACGCCAUCUUCUCGGACAAGGAUGUCGGUGGUAUUGGUAACCUGGCUGGCCGUACGAUCCUCCACACGGUCUUGAGCUCCCUCCAGCGCAUUGCAUUCAACGGUGACCCUCUGCAAUUCCUCCUCAUUGAGACCUCCUACCAUCCUUUCAUCUCCCUAUUCCACAUGCUUGAGAUGACCAAGGAGAACCCCGAUCUUGAGGGUAUCCCCAACUACGCUUCUGCUCUUGCCUUCGAGCUCCGUCGCGGACCCGCACCUGAAGACCGUGACUUCGUCAGGAUCAAGUUCAAGAACGGCACCAGCGGCGACUUCGAGACCCACCACGCUUUCGGCCACAAGUCUGACAUUGCUGCAACGGAGUUCAUCUACAGGAUCGAGAACUAUGCCAUUACCAGCCAGAAGCAAUGGGCCGCUGCUUGCAGCUCCGGUCUUGAGGACGACUGGCUCCACAUUGGCUCCCAAGACGCGAUCUCCAGCACUGUCUUUGCCAUUCUCGCUGCUGUCUUCCUUCUCGGCAUGUUCAUGCUCUCCAAGUUUGUCAAGAGCGCGCGUGCCAAGGCCCAUAAUAGCCGCAUCCGCCUUGCUGACGAUGAGGUGAGUCAGUCGCACCUACCUCAGAGUCAGUACCCCAAUUAUGGUACCCUCUCCAACAACGUCGUCGCUCAGCCUGCUUCCAUGACUGAGAAGCAGCGUCUUCCCUUGUAAGCGCCGGUCUAGUAGGAGUGGGAGAGGUUGAAAAAUAUCUUCACUGUGUGCUUCGACGGGGUCGGUUUCUUGUUUGACUAUU